UCCCGGAAAUCUCCACUUCCGUUCAAUUUUCUCGGAUUUUCCGGCAAACCCACUUCGCUCUCUGACCAUAGGAACCGGAUUGAAGUGGGUUCGGGUCGAGUUAUCGGGUUUGGAUACAAAAAAUGUUCUUCGCAUGUGUCACUGAAUUGUGGUCCUAGGAAUUGGUUUGGGCGUUCUGAGAGUGGGUUUGGGCAUCCGGGUCGGGUCUCGUCGGUCUCAGGUGGCGGGUCGGGCGAUUCCGGUGGGUACGGCGGCGGAGGUGACGACGGGGAUUCUGGUAGCGGCGGCGGCGGCGGAGAGGAUGGAGGAAAGAAAUGGUCAUUUCUCUCAUGGUACUUGGCUCUUCUCUCAGAUUAUCCUGUUUUAACAAAGGCAGUGACAUCGGCAAUCUUGAAUCUCGUUGGAGAUUUGAUCUGCCAGCUUGCCAUUGAUAAGGUCUCCUCACUUGACACCAAGCGAAUGCUUCUCUUUACCUUCUUGGGCUUAGUUCUAGUCGGUCCAACAUUGCAUUUCUGGUAUUUGUAUUUGAGCAAAUUGGUGACAGUUUCUGGAGUAUCGGGUGCAGUUUUACGCCUUAUACUUGAUCAGUUUAUCUUCUCUCCCAUCUUCGUAGGAGUUUUCUUAUCAGCGUUGGUGACACUAGAAGGAAAACCAUCUCAAGUCAUGCCGAAGCUACAACAGGAAUGGACGGGAGCUGUUCUUGCAAAUUGGCAACUGUGGAUACCUUUCCAAUUUCUUAACUUCAGAUUCGUUCCCCAGAGCUUCCAGGUGCUGGCGGCGAACGUGGUGGCUCUGGUUUGGAAUGUGAUUCUGUCAUUCAAAGCUCACAAAGAGGUUGUUGCAAAGUAAGGUGGAGAUGUUCUUACAGUUUCACCGGAAAGUUGCUUUCAAACUCUCAGUGUUUGUAAGGCAACCAGAUCAGAGUUUUGGACUUUUUCUUCUCAUCUUGUCGGAUGCAAAUUUAGGGUUUUAGGACCGUGUUUCAGAGGCUGUUUUGAAAGGGGAGAUAACGUUGUUCUUUGCAUUUUCAAGGAAAGGUUAAUUUUAUA